AUAUGGCGGGCCGCAUUUGAAUUCGUGAAGGGCCACAACCGCGGGCCGCAGGUUGAGAACACUGCAUUAGAUAAUGUCAAUCAAAUGAUGGGUAAAUGUUCCUCGUUAUAGACUGCACAUUUACAGCUGGAGAGACAGACAAUUCAACACGGAGUUAUGAGUCACAAAAACUAAGUUGGUAUUAGCGCGUAAUGAAAUACAGCACUCAAUGCUUUCAAAAACAAAUACAUUUACCAUUUGAUGAAUUCUCUCAUUUGAGUAGAAAACCUACCGAGUGUAAAGUUAGCAGCUUCAGCCUUCAGCUCCAGACACCAGAAAACACAGGCCUCGGCGGGAACAGAGGCGAGAGGAUGUGUCUACCAACAAAAAUGAAAGAAGCGCAAAGCAUAAAUUACUUCCAUUGUAAGCACAAUCCAAAAAGUUAUUUUACACGUAACGUUAAUCACCUUUUUUGAGGAAACCGAACUGGCAUGAGAAACUUUAACGCUUCUGUAACUUACAUCUCUGUGCCGCGAGAACAACAUUAAACCUGACAAAAACACUCGCAGUUAGUAAUUUCUAAAUGUGUUCACCACCAAUCAUAUUUUGAGUGGAAUUAUCAACAAUUUUUUUUCCCAGUGUACCUUUAUAGAGAAAAGCAAUCCAACUUACCGCCUCGUUUGCUCGAAGAAAGAAUGGCGUGGUCACUUCUCGAGUCAGAAGUCACUGAGGGGCGGAGUCCAGACAAUUCGGCGGGUUUUUUAUUCCGCAUUUUUAGUGUAAAAGUGAAAUUACACCAUAUAACAACAUUGAACAUGAGUACUGUUUAACACUGUAGAUUGUUAAUUAAACUCUUUGGGAAUUAAUAACUUUUAACACUACAAAUAUUACACUGCUGAUUUUACUGAAAGCCCUGUAAGAACCAUGCUAUGACUUCAUCUCCGCCAAAAAAAAUGACCACGAACUGGACGUUCUUUUCAAAUGGAAAUCAAGCAGCUAAUCAGGGCUGGCUCUUGAUAUUGUACCUUAACCCUUAAAAGAAAUGGUACAUAAAAGUAUCUUUUAUUGCUUGGGGACAUAUAUGUACCUUUUUGACCCUCAAAAAGAAGGUACCGUAUUUUCCGGACUAUAAGUCUCACUUUUUUUCAUAGUUUGGCUGGUCCAUGACAUAUUUUUGGACUGAUGCAACUUAUACUCAGGUGCGACUUAUAGCAAAGAGUAUAGAAGACAAGAGGCGAAACUCAAUAGAACGCUCCAUAGCAACAUUUGUCCCCAUGACGUGACGGCGCGGCCGCCAUUAUGGACUGAAAACUGAAGCAAAACGCCGAGAAAUAAUGGUUGCAUUUGUGUUACUUCACGUUUGUAAACUACUUUACUCUAAAUUUCAAAUGAGGAAUAUAGAAACAACAAAAGAAUACGUGGAUGUGUCCAAACUGGUACUUAACUGAUUUUAUUUGAUAUACCGCAGAAUAUUUGUAGAAACUUUCCACAGCUUUUUCAUUUUAUAUGCGAGUUCCCUAAAAUAGUUUUAUGAUAUCACAUAUAAUGUAGACCAAAUGUAUUUAUAUAGCAUAUUGAAAACGGGGGAUGUUGAGGUCAUUUAACCAUAAGGCAAAAACAAAACAAAAACAAAAAAAAACACUAUUAUUAUUGAAUGUCACUGGGUUAUGUUUUAUGUAGUCUCGCAUAGCUAGACCUUUAGACUGAUAGCUUGAAGAUCUGUGAUAUAUGACAGCUUUCAUUGGCCAAGGCCCGCACAUGAGGUCAUUUGACCGACAUGUCAAACAAACAAUCACAGUCACAAUUGUUUCAUUCAGCCUCACGUUUUGGGGCAUGGAAAUGUUGCCACAAUGACAGACAGGUGUGUAAAACCCUCGGACGUAUUUUAAAGAUUCUAUGUUGUGAACUUUAAAUAUUUUCGACAUUUUCAGGUAUUAUUUUAUGAUGGUUUACAUAGGUUCAUUAUUCUAAGGAUUUGAAUCAAAGAUCAUUCUUCAGGUUUCACACAUGUUAGGGAUCAAUUAAGAAUCUACCCAAUAAUUUGAAAAUGCACAAUGAUAUUGAUAAAAGGAAACGAUACACAAGAAAUAGAAAUGGCGAUAUUUGUUUUCCUGUCCAUGUAACACUGACAAAACAAUCAAAUGAACACAGUUCCUCCCAGCUGCAGUAAACAUGAUGUUAGAUUUAAAGUACAGUUCCUGCAUUACCAUAUUAUCGACCAUUGGUCAUUAUCAACCACUAGUCUGGAUAGUGGGAAGGAUGGGAUAUCAGUGGACAAAUUGUCCAUAUCAGUCGACAAACUGAAGGUUGUUUGGAAGGAGAAGAAAGUUUUGCACAUGAAUAUAUUAAUUUUCUGUCUCACAUGUGUAACUCGUGGGAGUGUAUUUCUGCCUUCUUUGAGGUGAUGGAAGGAUGUGGUUUUGUUAAAUGAAACCUGCUUGCUGGUGCUAUUAAUGCGUAGACGAGGAAGUUUGUGCAAGUGAAUGGGACAGUAUCUUUAGAUCAGACUUAUCACUUAAUCCAAAAGUCAUAAAGAAACAUCUGACACCUUCAAGACUUUUAAAGCUCUAAUAACUGUAAAGAAACUGGAAUAUUUGGACUUCAGCACUGGAAGUAUGUCAUUUUGUGGGUAUUUCCUCACAGCUUUGAUCAUCCUCAAGCAGCAUUUUAGUGCUGCUGAAUACACUGUUCCACCGGCUCCUACACUGACACAGACAGACUCCAGAGACUCAUCGGUGGAGUUGUUGUGUCAGGCUCCAGAAGGUUAUGGUGGACUUGUAUUUAAGCUUUUCAAAAUACAAGAGCUGAUAGAUAAAGUUGAGCAUUCAAAUGAACAGCAAGCGGCUCGCUUUAUUCUUAAGGGAGAAGAUAUAGAAAAGGAGAUUUCUUACUGCUGUCAGUAUGACCUCAGCAUGAUCAGUCAAUAUAUGACACCAGAGAUGAAAGAGCUCCCAGUCCCCACUCUGUCCUUGUCCCGACACAAGGGUGCAGUACUGGAGUGUGUUGGGUCACCUUCAUAUCCACAAGGCUUCUUCUAUUUAUUUCGUGUGGGUGUCCCGUCACCUGAGGAGACCCAUCAGGCUUCCCUGACCCAACACUCUGCUAGAUUUCCCAUCCCCACCCGUUAUGAACAUGAUGCACAGUAUCAAUGUCAGUACAGCGUGUCACUGGGCAAAUCCAAUGCAUACUCUAAAAUGAGCUCAGCAGUAACUAUCCCAUGCAUUACAGGAUAUCAUAACUGCACACCGACCUCUACAGGCAGCACAGAUCUGGCUCUGAUUGGUGGCUCUGUGUCUGGGGGUGUUCUGUUCCUCAUGGUGGUGGCAAUCUUGGGCUUUGCCGUACACAAACAUUUCAAAAACAUGUUGGAGAGAAAGAGGCAAAGAGAUCAACUCUGGCAACAUGUUUCCUUCAGAGAUUAUACUGUUGACCUCACUCUGCAGCAUGUUGACAUUGAAUCUGAGGGCAGUGGACGAACACUUAGAGGAAGACCCUCAUUUUCAGACCCAAUUUAUGAAAAUGUCAUGGCAACCUUUAAGAAUCCCUCUCUUUGCUGAUCUUUCUAUCUACUGUAUCUAUCUAUCCAUCAAUGCUACUGUACAUUUUGUGCUUGACAUAUUCUGACAUAUUAAAAACAUGCUGACAUAUUAAAAACAAAAUUUUUUAUUUUAUUUUUGUAAUGUAUGAGUAGACAAUCUACUGUAGUUUCUGUAGUUCAUGUUUUUUUGUUUUUUUUACCUAGAUAAUAGGACUUUUUCUGUCAGCAGGGGGCUCUGGACAUCUAGAUAUAAAGCACUGGCAGUUUUGAGUGCUGGACAUUAAAUCUUUGCAAAUCGUUUUAUAGAUUUAAUCACCCAAUGUUAAAAACCAAUCAUUUUCAUUCCUUUUUUUAUUUAUUUAUUUAUUUUUAAUUAAUGUCACUUAAUGCAAGUUGUUCUAAAGAAUUUCAUUCAGUUCCUCUUUGCUUAUCAUGAAACUUAAAUGGAAAUUAAUUUUAAUAUCAUGCCAUAUCGUUUUUGCUACCCAUUAUAAUCAUAUAGUUUUGUCUUCCUCAGAAUACCUCGUCACAGAGAAUACUAUUGUGUAUUGGUCUUAAAGGUCAUCUAACCUCAUUGAAGACUGAAAGCAAUGGGCAGCUUUUUUCCCUGGUCUCUAUGAGCCACUGCCAUAUUUGAAUUGAGCAUUCUUAUACAGCCUAAUUGUGCUGAGAAAGAGUGAAUUAAUAAUUCACAGGCAACUAGAGGGUCAGUAAAGCGUGCUGUGUGUGUGAUCUCACUCAUGACUGAUCUCGCCCGGCACAGACGUUUUCUUUGUACCUUUCCUACAGUACCAUCAUCUCCAUGGUGAUGAAUUUGAAUGGCCACUGGUGUGUUGAGUCACGGCAGACGGGUGUUCAUACCUCACAGCACUGGCUGAGUGUGCAGAAGCUUAGAACGGACUGUGACGUCACUGAACAAGCAAAGGGCUUUUGUAUGGAAGCUGAAUGGAAUGCUUGAACGCAGCCCUCUUUAAUUGUUAUUUGAAAAUCAAAGCCUUGGAUAAUGGCGUAAGCAUU